AUGUGGGUCAGAAAAAAUUGCAGGACAUGGAACGAGUUGUGCUCAAGUCAGCACGCUGCAGGUUGGUGGGGACAGCAUUUUAGACCCAAGUCUCACCAGACUUCCUCUCUCAGGCUCAUUUUUUUUCUCACCUGUAAAAUGGGAUUGUUGUCCAGAAAAAGAAGGCACUCUCAGCUCCGGGUGAGUCGAACAGCUAGCUAGAAUGGUUUGGAUGCACAUAGGGUCCCUGGUGAGUCCUAAGUACUCCAAGCCCCGGGGGGUCAGCACUGCCCCCUAGUGGCCAUUUUGUGAACAACAGGCGGAGCAACCAGGAAGGCGGGGAGGGCAGCCGCUGUCAAGUCGCAUCUGUCGGUGGGAGCCAGAGCUCAGUCAGGACCUCCCGGGCAGAAGGCAUGACUCCUCCCUGCCUCAAUUGUUCCAACUUUGCCGGAGCACUCUCCCCAAAUGCUUCAAGGACCCCCAUAUUCUGCAAUGUCAGUGAGCUCAAGGACCCUGACGACCUGAACCUUACUGACAAGGCCCUGAAGCUGAAGUACUUGGGGCCACAGCAGUUAGAAGAGUUUUGGCCCAUCUGUGUUACGUACCUGUUGAUCUUCGUGGUGGGCACUCUGGGCAACGGGCUGACCUGCACCGUCAUCCUGCGCCACAAGGCUAUGCACACGCCCACCAACUUCUACCUCUUCAGCCUUGCUGUGUCUGAUUUGCUGGUGCUCCUGGUGGGCUUGCCCCUGGAGCUUUAUGAGAUGCAGCACAAUUACCCGUUCCAGCUGGAUGCAAGUGCCUGCCACUUCCGAAUACUGCUGUUUGAGACGGUCUGCCUAGCUUCGGUGCUCAAUGUCACAGCCCUGAGUGUAGAGCGUUAUGUGGCCGUGGUGCGCCCACUCCAAGCCAAGUCUGUGAUGACACGGGCCCAUGUGCGCCGCAUGUUGGGGGCCAUCUGGGUCCUCGCUAUUCUCUUCUCUCUGCCCAACACCAGCCUACAUGGCCUCAAGCAGCUAUAUGUGCCCUGCCGGGGGCUGGUGUCCGGCUCGGUUAGGUGUAUGCUGGUAAGUGACCCGGACUUGUACAAGUUGGUGGUACAGACCACCGCACUGCUCUUCUUCUGUCUGCCCAUGGUAACCAUCAGUGUGCUGUACCUGCUCAUUGGGCUGCGGCUGCGGAGGGAGAGGAUGUUACUCCAAGAGGAUGAUGUUACAGCAGCCCGGAAGACCUCCCACAGAAGGAUUCAGCUUCGAGAUAGGGGACAGGGACAGGUGAUCAAGAUGCUGAUUGCACUGGUUGUGGUGUUCGGCAUCUGCUGGGCUCCAUUCCAUGCUGAGCGUGUCAUGUGGAGCUUGGUGGAACCCCACUGGACGGACGGCCUGCGCCAGGCUUACCAGUUUCUCCACAUUGCCUCUGGUAUCUUCUUGUACCUCGGCUUGGCAGCCAACCCGGUGCUCUACAGCCUCAUGUCCAGUCGCUUCCAAGAGACCUUCCGGCAAGCCCUGGGCCUUGGAACACAGUGCUGCCAUCGCCACCAACCCUGUCAUAGCUCCCAUAAUCACAUCAGGUUGACCACAGGCAGUACCCUGUGUGAGGUAGGCCCCAGGAACAGCAGGAAUGAACCUCUGGCUGAGAGUGAGGAGCCAGGGUGUCAGCAAGAGACAGACCCCUCCUCUCUGGAAGGAGCCUUACCCACAGGGCCAGAAGGCCUCAGACAGUCUGGGGAGCUACUGAGAUGAAUUUAGGAAGUGAUUUCUGCCCUGCCCACAUAUUUGAGUGCUGAGGGAAACAGCAAGAGAAAGAGGAUUGAACCCCAAUUGCCAAAGACUCACACUGAAGGCCUGAAAAGCUGGCUCAGCAGUUAAGAAUGCUUGCUCCUUUUCCAGAGGACCUGAGUUCAGGUAUCUGCACCCUCAUGACAGCUUACAACUACCUGUCACUCUAGCUCUAGGCCGUCUGACACUUUCUCUUGGCUUCUGAAGGCAUCCACCACGUAGCACAGAUCCAUAUAUUUAAAAGACCCACAUUGAACCAGACAUAUACUGUAUGUCCCUCCAGACCCUAGACCCUUAAAUUCUUCCCCACAGAACCAUCACAGUUACCUAGGACUCAGCCAUUAUUCCUCUGGGGAUCUCUCCUUCCUCUCGAGUUCAUACAUGUUCCCAUUGGGACCUACCUGUCAUUCUGGUAACUUCUGAACUUCCAUAGACUCUAUCCGUCUCUCUCCAGCCCUUGUGCUAUAGUUAAGAGAUGCUCUGCAUACCCUGACCCUUCCUGACUCCCAUUCUGCACUGAGAUCUGGGCCUGAUCAAGUUGCCAGGUGGAUCCCGAGGAUCCAGGGGACCUGGAUCUGAUCUCAGCCUUUGUCACCAUGUCGCCAUGUGGCAACAAACAAAUCAUCCUGGCUUUCUAAGAGGCUUUGGUUCCUUGCUUGCAAAAUGAAAGGUGUGCUUGCUUGCCCAUGCUCCCUUUUGAAGGAAGCUUGCUGUGUUUUCAUCUGUGUGUACAACAGAGCCAACCACUGGCUUCAGAUUAUCUGCAUCUCUCCCAAACCCCGCUUUCUUUCUGACCUUCUCAUGGUCCUGGUCCAAGCUAUCAAGGGCAGGUCCUUUGCUUGUCCUGAAACAGAUUGGGCCAACCUAUGAGCAGUGCACUCCUGGCGGCCUGUUGCCAUUCUCACAUGCAGACAGGCUGACCUGGUGCCCCAGAUGAAUACAUGCUAAAUUCUGUUAGCCAGGGGAUAUCUGGAAGAAGCAUGAGCUAACUUAAGGACCAGACAUGGCUGUGCAGAGACAGUGUGUUGGUUAGUCUUUGUCAGCUUGACAGAAACUAGAGUCACCUGGAAGAGGGACAUUUUCGUGAUUAAUGACUGAUGUCACAGGGCCAGCCCACUGUGGGGUGCCACUUCUGGGCAGGUGGUCCCAGUUGUCUAGAAAACAAGCUAAGCAAGCCACAGGGAGCAAGCCAGUAAGCCAAAUCUCACUCCGCCCCGCUUCUGCUCUGGUUCCUGCCCUGUUUUCCCUUGAUGAGGGACUGUAAGCUGAAUAAACCCUUUCCUCCCCAAGA